AUGACUUCCCCCUCUGGGCGACUCCAAGGACGUAUAGCAAUUGUCACGGGCAGUUCGUCUGGACUGGGCGCGGCGAUCUGUCUCGCCUUUGCCGCCGAAGGGGCCUCUGUAUUCUGCAUCGACAUGUACCCUACACCACGCAACGGGAUCAACCCCUCGACACUUCGCGCCGACGACUUCCACCACCGCGUGACGGGCCAACCCGGCACCCACGAACGAAUCCGCCAAUUCGGCGGCGAAGCGACAUACCACAAAGCUGACGUGACGAAGGCACGAGACAUGGAGCUCGCGGUCCGGGCCUGCGUCCAACGCUACAAGAGGGUGGACAUAAUGGUGAACAACGCUGGAGUCAGUGUAGAAAGCACACAUAUACGGCCCCUUCGAUGCCACGAGACGUCCGAAGAGGACUACGAUCGCACCAUGGCCGUCAAUGCCAAAGGCAUGUUCCUCGGCUGCAAAUACGUGCUGAAACAAAUGCUGGACGGACAGCCGCAAAUAUAUACAUCGCGCGGCUGGAUCAUUAACACCGCUAGUGUCCAGGGACUCGUUCCUUAUGUGGGAACUCCAAGCUACUGCGCAAGCAAAGGCGCGGCAGUCAUGUUGACAAAGCAAAUCGCCCUGGAUUACGCCAAGGACUUGAUCCAUUGUAACGCGUUGUGUCCGGGCUUUUUGGAGACGAGUAUGACGCAGAACCUGCAAGCGCAAAAGGACGUUCUCGAGGAGAUUCGAAGCAGACAUCCCUUCGGCGAUCGAUUGGGGAAGGUCGAGGAUGUUGCGAGGGCAGCGAUUUUUCUGGCGGGUGAUGAUGCUGCGUGGAUCACAGGCGUACCGUUGCCUGUGGAUGGAGCUUAUUUAUUGAGAUAG